AUGGCCGGGAUUACCAGGAAAGGAUCUGGAAGACGCUCGUACUACUACAGAUUCCUGGGCAAGUCCCGACUGCAGCGCCAGCGCAGUCGCUCUCGCAGUCGAACCCGGCCGGCUGCGAGCAGGGAGUCGCCUCCAGAGAGGUCCGGGCGCCGACGCAGCAUGCCGGGCAGCCCGCCGGACAAAACCCCGCCCACCAUGGAGGUCACGUCCACCGCCAAUGCCGCAGCGACGCCAUUCCGAGUCACCGGCUUCCUGAGUCGACGGCUCAAGGGCUCCAUCAAGCGCACCAAAAGUCAGCCCAAGCUGGACCGCAACUCCAGCUUCAGACAUAUCCUGCCGGGUUUCAGGAACGUGGACAAUGACAGAUCUCAUCUGAUGCCCAGGCUGAAGGAGUCUCGCUCCCAUGAGUCACUGCUCAGCCCCAGCAGCGCUGUGGAAGCCCUGGACAUAAGCAUGGAGGACGAGGUUAUCAUCAAACCCGUGCACAGUAGCAUCCUCGGUCAGGACUACUGCUUUGAGGUGACGACAUCCUCGGGGAGUAAGUGCUUUUCCUGCCGCUCGUCAGCCGAGAGAGACAAAUGGAUGGAGAACUUGAGGAGAGCCGUUCAGCCAAACAAGGACAACAGCAGGCGGGUGGAGAACAUGCUGCGACUGUGGCUGAUCGAGGCCAAGGACCUACCCGCCAAGAAGAAGUAUUUCUGUGAGCUGUGCCUGGACGAUGCGCUCUACGCUCGUACCACCUGCAAGCUCAAGACGGACAAUGUCUUCUGGGGCGAGCACUUUGAGUUCAACAACCUGCCAGUGGUGCGCUGCAUCACGGCGCACCUCUACAAGGACACGGACAAGAAGAAAAAAAAGGACAAGAACAACUACGUGGGCUUGGUCAGCAUCCCUGUGGCGGCGGUGACCGGGCGGCAGUUUGUGGAGAAGUGGUACCCGGUCAGCACGCCCAACCCUGCUAAGGGGAAAACGCCCGGACCUAUGAUACGCAUUAAGGCGCGCUACCAGAGCAUGAACAUCCUCCCCAUGGAGCUGUACAAGGAGUUUGCCGAGUACACCACCAACAACUACAUGCUGCUUUGCUCCGUGCUCGAACCUGGCAUCAGCGUCAAGAAUAAAGAAGAGAUGGCAUGCGCGCUGGUGCAUAUUCUGCAGAGCACCGGCAAGGCCAAAGACUUCCUGACAGACCUGAUGAUGUCAGAAGUGGAUCGCUGCGGGGAAAACGAGCACCUGAUCUUCCGUGAGAACACGUUGGCGACCAAAGCCAUCGAAGAGUACCUCAAACUGGUGGGCCAGAAGUACCUGCAGGAUGCUCUUGGCGAGUUCAUCAAAGCACUUUACGAGUCUGACGAAAACUGCGAGGUGGACCCGUCUAAGUGCUCUUCGGGGGACCUCCCGGAGCACCAGAGCAACCUGAAAAUGUGCUGUGAGCUAGCUUUCUGCAAGAUCAUCAACUCAUACUGCGUCUUUCCACGAGAGCUCAAAGAGGUUUUUGCAUCGUGGCGGCAGGAGUGCAGCAACCGGGGUCGGCCGGACAUCAGCGAACGGCUAAUCAGCGCCUCGCUCUUCCUGCGCUUUCUAUGCCCGGCCAUCAUGUCGCCAUCGCUUUUCAACCUCAUGCAGGAGUACCCCGACGACCGCACGGCGCGCACUCUUACGCUCAUUGCUAAGGUCACGCAAAACCUGGCCAAUUUUGCAAAAUUUGGAAACAAGGAGGAGUACAUGUCUUUCAUGAACCAGUUCCUGGAGCAUGAGUGGACCAACAUGCAGCGCUUCUUGUUGGAGAUCUCCAACCCGGAAACCAUCUCCAACACGGCAGGCUUCGAGGGCUACAUUGACCUGGGUCGGGAGCUUUCUACACUACACUCUCUCCUGUCCGAGGUGGUUUCCCAGAUGGACCAGGGCGGCAACUCCAAGUUGGGACCACUGCCGCGGAUCCUGCGGGAAGUGAGUGUGGCGCUGAGCAACCCAGCCGGCGUUCAUGCACCAUCCGCGGGGUCGCCGGAGCAGACGGGCAUGUCCCCUGUGGAGGCCGGCUGCAGCAUCUCCUCGGGCCUGCAGAAGAUGGUCAUUGAGAAUGACCUCACUGGAUUGGUUGACUUCACUCGGUUACCCUCCCCAACCCCUGAAAACAAGGACCUAUUUUUUGUAACGAGAAGCUCAGGGAUCCAGCCUUCCCCGGCACGCAGCUCAAGUUACUCCGAGACCAACGAGCCCGAUCUGGCCAUGGCCAACGGCAGCAAGAGUCUGUCCAUGGUGGACCUGCAAGACCCCCGCAUUUUGGAAGGUGGAGGCCCCAGUCCCGGUCCCUCGGACACCAUGGCCGAAGUUCCGGUCUCCGUGGGAGGCUGGUCCGCCAGGGCGCCGCAAUCCAACAUCUCCGGAGGUCCCACCAUGUGGAAACCACCUCAGACCCCGACCACGCCGAAUGCGGAAAGCGCUCCGGGCCGGCCCGCCCAGUUACUUGCCCCACUAUCCUUCCAGAACCCAGUCUACCAGAUGGCCACCUGCCUUCCAGUGUCCCCGCGAGGUCUGAAUGACUCGGGCUCCGAGUGCCACAGCUCGGUCAGCUCCCACAGCAACAAUGAUGACGGCCCGCCCGGCGGGAAGCACCCCUUCCUGAACCACGGCGGCGGAGGGAGCAGUGGCGACGAGUACGCCCGCCGCUCGGGCGAGUUCACCCGUCGGCAGCUAUCCCUCAACGAGGCGCAGCACCAGCCGGCCGUACCCCGGCAGAACAGCGCCGGCCCCCAGCGACGGAUAGACCAGCCUCCCCCGCCUCAGAGCGUGACGCGGGGCCGCACGCCGCCCAAUCUGCUCAACAGCGGGGCCUACCCCCGUCCCGGCUCAGGCGGCGGCAUGAUGACCUCGUCCCCAGACUGGCCCAUGAGCGGCGCCCGUUUGCGGCAACAGUCGUCCUCGUCCAAGGGAGACAGCCCAGAGACAAAGCAGAGGGCGCAGCACAAACAGGCCCCCUCCCCCGUGAACCCCAGUGCGCUGGACCGCACGGCAGCUUGGCUUAUGAAUAUGAAUGUGCAGUAUUUAGACCAUGAGGCCAUGGAGCACGACUCACUGAGGCACAGAGAGGAUCUGACGCAGGUGCAGAAGCAGGAGAUCGCGCUGCUGCAGGAGAAACUGCGUGCCUCGGUGCAGAAGCUUGAGGAGUAUGAAGCCCGUCUCAAGGGCCAGGACGAGCAGGCCCAGAAGGUCCUGAUGGAGUAUCAAGCCCGGCUGGAGGAGUCGGAGGAGCGCCUGCGCCGGCAGCAGGACGACAAGGACCUACAGAUGAAGGGCAUUAUCAGCAGGUUGAUGUCGGUGGAGGAGGAGUUGAAGAAAGAUCACUCGGACAUGCAGGCGGUGGUGGAUUCCAAGCAGAAGAUUAUUGAAGCGCAGGAGAAGCGCAUCGCGUCCUUGGACGCCGCCAACUCUCGCCUCAUGAGUGCCCUGACGCAGCUAAAGGAGCGCUACAGUACGCAGUCGCGCAACGGUAUCUCGCCGACCAAUCCCUCCAAGCUUCAGAUCACAGAGAACGGAGAGUUCCGCAACAGCAGCAACUGUUAA